GUUUUUUAGGAGGUGAGUGCCUCCCUCGCAUUCCGUACAGCUUGUUGUGGUUCGGCCUCGCGCACUGCAGGUGGUCGAUCGCCUUGCAGCGGUUUCAGCACCCUUCCUAUCCUUCACGCUCCACCCCUCGCCAAUCGCGUUGUUUCUGAGACUCUUUUAGGAAUUUGUUGCGUUGUGGCACAGACGUCUCUAGAACGACACUUGCGUUGUUUUCGAGUUGAAGUAUAUCGCGUUGUUCGGCGUUGGGACGAACGGCUGCGAUGGCAGCGGGAGAUGCGGCGAUGGAGCUGGAGGGGCAGUGGCGAGAUCUGGACCGUCUGUUGCUGCGACCAGGGAUGCUCGUCGGACCUGGAUUCGAACCUUCACCGGAGAUUCGCGAGUUCCUCAAGUCUGACUGCCGCGUGCUGGUGGUGGGGGCGGGCGGCCUAGGCUGUGAGCUUCUCAAGGACCUGGUGCUGUCGGGGUUUGGGAGCAUCGAUGUGAUCGACAUGGACACCAUCGACGUCUCCAACCUCAACCGCCAGUUCCUCUUCCGCCCUGCCGACGUGGGCAAGCCCAAGGCAGUGGUGGCAGCAGAGCGUGUCAUGAGCCGAGUGGGGGGGGUCAAGGUAACGCCCCACUUCUGCCGCAUCGAGGACAAGCCCGCGUCGUUCUUCAGCGACUUCAAUAUCAUAGUGCUCGGGCUGGACUCCCUCGAGGCGCGCUCCUACAUCAACAGCCUCGUCUGCGGCUUCCUAGAGUACUCUGCGGAUGGCGAGCUGGAUCUAGCGUCCAUCCGUCCCAUGGUAGACGGCGGCACGGAGGGCUUCAAGGGCCAUGCGCGAGUGAUCAUCCCGGGAGUGACCCCGUGCUUCCAGUGCACGCUGUGGCUCUUUCCCCCCCAGACCAAGUUCCCCCUCUGCACCCUGGCUGAAACCCCCCGCUCGCCCGCUCACUGCAUCGAAUAUGCGCACCUGAUUCAGUGGGGAGAGGAGCGGCCAGGGGAGAGCUUUGACUCAGACAACUUGGAGCACAUAGAGUGGAUCUACCAGAAGGCUCUCAUUCGCGCACAGCAGCACAGCAUUGCUGGGGUCACUCUCUCCCUCACCCAGGGAGUGGUGAAGAACAUUAUCCCCGCUAUAGCAUCAACCAACGCCAUCAUAUCAGCGGUGUGUGCACUGGAGACUCUCAAGAUCGCUACAAUGUGCUCCGCUGGCAUGAAUAACUACGUGAUGUACGUGGGCACACAGGGCGUCUACUCCCACACCGUCGCCUAUGAGCGCGACCCCGAGUGCAUUGUGUGUAGUGCUGGAGUCCCUGUCACCGUGCCCUCCACCGCUUCUCUGCAGGAGUUCAUUGACCAGCUAUUGGCCGACCCUCGGUUCGCUGCCCGUUUGCAAGCGCCGUCCGUCUCGUUCUACGGGUCCAAUCUCUACAUGCGCGCCCCUGCGGUGCUCGAAGAGGCAACUCGGCCGAACCUUUCCAAGCCACUCAAAGAGCUCAUGGAUGGAGUGGGCUGUGCGAACGGGGAGGAGGGUGGGGAGAAGAUGGGUGUUAUAGCUGGAGGGGUGUUGAAUGUGAAUGAUAAGAAGCUAGCAGGUGUGCUCAGAGUGAGGGUCUCUUUUAAAGACGAUUAACAAAUGCAGAUAAUAUUCUAGACGCUUAUCUGUGCAAGGCUGGUGUGGUGUGGGUUCAAAGGCGUUUAUGGGAGGCAAUUUUGGCUCUAAUACAGGUUGUGAGUUGAG